GAAAUUUGCUCCAACACCGGAUCGGCAAGGGAAAUAACUCUAAUUUGACUUCUAAAAUUUGCGCUACUGUUAUUAAAAUCAUUCUGGAAUGGCAUUGUCACUGUUUACAUCUGAUGUUGCUUUGCUGAAGAACAUUGCUACAGAAUUGUCAGCAUGUGGUUGUUGUGCACGAUGUACCCUGCGAUACCUAGGACUGAAAGACAUGUAUUUCUACAAGGGAAACCUACAGGAAAUGGAAGAAAUGGUCAAAGAAUAUAAACAUGGUACAGUAAAGGAAGAUGGCAAAAUUUCCCCUGUGCCUGUCAAUGCAGAAAUAAAUGGUAGUAAAGUUGAAGGAGAUAAUACAGAGAACUCUGGUGAUUUUGAUGGUGUUGUGAAUGAAGACAGUAAAAAUGUACAGGUUUCAGAUGCUGAAUUGGAAUCUGGUGAUAAGAAGUCUUCUGUUGAUAUAAAGGAAGUGGAAAAUAUUCUGAAAUCUGACAAUGAUUUUACACAGACUGAUGAAUGUGUGGAGGAUGUUGAUGUACAUUCUGAUCAAGGUGAAAGUGAAGCUAGUCAAAGAAGGACAUAUAUAUUACAGGGAGACAGAGAUUCAAAGACGCCACCAUGUGUAGUGUGUCUUGGAAUUCUUCAGAAUUUUUGUUCUGAAAAAUACCUCAGUAAGUUAAAGCAGCAUAUUGAAGAUGAAGGGUUUCUCUAUACUGUGUACAUGUGCUCUAUGAUGAUACCAGUCUGUAUAAUACUGAGAGAGUAUGCUCUGAUGUUACACUUGAAAGAAAAGUUUAGCUCAGUGUAUGGAAACAAGAAAUAUACAGAUGUGGCCCAGAUAAAAGAUGUAUGGAAAUGGAGAUGUGGUCCUCUGCUGACAGAGAUUCUUGGAGCUUCAUUUGAUGCCAAAAGCAAAUUUGAAAUAACAUUGACAUUCCAAUAUGAACAUUCAAACAAGGAGUGUAGCUUUUUGUUAGAUGCUGAAGACAAUGACACAUUUCGUAAACGUAAACAGGAUAGAAGGUACAAUAGAAAGAAGACAACAUUUGCUGUCUAUACGAGAGCUAAUGUAGCCAAAGCUGCUGAGCAAAUGCCUGAAGAGGAAUUUAGAAGGAGUUAUCAGUGUCCCCCAUCAGAACCAAGAUCAUAUACAAAGUGUGAUGUCAAGUGCCAAAGUGAAAAUGUAUUUGUUGCAGGUCGUUAUAACAAAUACAGUAGAACAUUGAGUCAGACACCCUGGUUGAUUGAUGGUGUAAGUAAAACAGAAUCUUCUGUAGAGGAACUACUGGAGAUGGAGAUACACAAAAACUUCAGACCUUCAGAGAUCAAGUUUUCAUCAUCGGGCAGAGAGGAUGUUGAUGUUCUAAUGCUUGGAAAUGGACGGCCAUUUGUAUUAGAGUUAGUUAACCCGAGAAGGAGGGAAUUUACACAGGAACAGAUGACAGUUAUGCAGGAGGUGCUAAAUGCAAGUACAAAAGACAUUAAAUGCAGAGAUCUACAAAUAGUUAGCAAGGAGGACACAGAUAUUUUGAAGGAAGGAGAGAUUGACAAAGUGAAGAAAUACAGUGCUCUAUGUUGGUCCAAACUUCCUGUCACAGAUGAACACCUGAACACAUUGUCAAAUAUUAAGGACUUAACCAUACUUCAGAAAACACCAAUUAGAGUGCUUCAUAGGCGUCCCUUGUCAACUCGUGCCAGGAUGAUUCAUCAGAUGAUAGCAACAAGGAGAGACGAGCAUCAUUUCCAACUUGAGAUGUCUACACAAGCUGGAACAUAUGUUAAGGAAUUUGUGCAUAGUGAUUUUGGAAGGACCAAGCCAAAUGUGUCAUCUUUGUUGUCUCAGGAAUGUGAUAUACUGGAACUUGAUGUAAACGCAGUUGAAUUGGACUGGCCGAAGAAGAUUGACACAGUCGAAGAAUGUGUGACCUAAAAAUGAUGAAAUUAAAUCAGUUUAAACAUCUGAUUAAUCCAUCAUAAAAAUAUUUGAGUAGAAGUGGCAGCAAGAAGAUGAUAUAAUGGCACAGCCUGUCAUCAACCAACAGAUAAUGUUAAAAGCACAGUCUGUCAUCAACAGAUAAUGUUAAAGCACAGUCUGUCAUCAACAGAUAAUGUUAUAGUACAGUCUAUCAUCAACAGACAAUGUUAUAGUACAGUCUUUCAUCAACAGACAAUGUUAUAGUACAGUCUAUCAUCAACAGACAAUGUUAUAGUACAGUCUUUCAUCAACAGACAAUGUUAUAGUACAGUCUAUCAUCAACAGAUAAUGUUAUAGCACAGUCUUUCAUCAACAGACAAUGUUAUAGUACAGUCUAUCAUCAACAGAUAGUGUUGUAGCACAGUUUAUCAUUAACAGAUAAUGUUAUAGUACAGUCUAUUGUAAACAGAUAACGUUAUAGCACAGUCUGUCAUCAACAGAUAAUGUUAUAGUACACUCUAUCAUCAACAGAUAGUGUUAUAGCACAGUUUAUCAUUAACAGAUAAUGUUAUAGUACAGUCUAUUGUAAACAGAUAAUGUUAUAGCACAGUCUGUCAUCAACAGAUAAUGUUAUAGUACACUCUAUCAUCAACAGAUAGUGUUAUAGCACAGUUUAUCAUCAACAGAUAACGUUAUAGCACAGUCUGUCUUCAACAGAUAAUGUUAAAGCACAGUCUGACAUCAACAGAUAAUGUUAUAGUACAGUCUAUCAUCAACAGAUAACGUUAUAGCACAGCCUGUCUUCAACAGAUAAUGUUAAAGCACAGUCUGGCAUCAACAGAUAAUGUUAUAGCACACUCUGUCUUCAACAGAUAAUGUUAAAGCACAGUCUAGCAUCAACAGAUAAUGUUAUAGCACACUCUGUCUUCAACAGAUAAUGUUAAAGCACAGUCUGGCAUCAACAGUUAAUGUUAAAGCACAGUCUGGCAUCAACAGAUAAUGUUAUAGCACAGUCUGUCUUCAACAGAUAAUGUUAAAGCACAGUCUGGCAUCAACAGAUAGUGUUAUAGCACAGUUUAUCAUCAACAGAUAAUGUUAUAGCACAGCCUGUCUUCAACAGAUAAUGUUAAAGCACAGUCUGGCAUCAACAGAUAAUGUUAUAGCACACUCUGUCUUCAACAGAUAAUGUUAAAGCACAGUCUGGCAUCAACAGAUAAUGUUAUAGUGCAGUCUAUUGUAAACAGAUAACGUUAUAGCACAGUCUGUCAUCAACAGAUAGUGUUAUAGCACAGUUUAUCAUCAACAGAUAAUGUUAUAGCACAGUCUAUCAUCAACAGAUAAUGUUAUAGUACAGUCUAUCAUUAAAAGAUAGUGUUAUAGCACAGUUUAUCAUUAACAGAUAAUGUUAUAGUACAGUCUAUUGUGAACAGAUAAUGUUAUAGCACAGUCUUCCAUCAACAGACAAUGUUAUAGUACAGUCUAUCAUAAACAGGUAGUGUUAUAGCACAGUUUAUCAUUAACAGAUAAUGUUAUAGUACAGUCUAUUGUGAACAGAUAAUGUUAUAGCACAGUCUGUCAACAACAGAUAAUGUUUUAGUACCGUCUGUCAUCAACAGAUAAUGUUAUAGUACCGUCUGUCAUCAACAGAUAGUGUUAUAGCACAGUUUAUCAUCAACAGAUAAUGUUAUAGUACAGUCUAUCAUCAACAGAUAAUGUUAGAGUACAGUCUGUUGUAAACAGAUAAUGUUAUAGCACAGUCUAUCAUCAACAGAUAAUUUACAGCAUAGUCUGUCAUCAGCAGAUAAUGUUAUAGUACAGUCUGCCAUCAUCAAGAAGUCCUGACAGUCUAUAUUACCAGAAAUGUUAGCAACUGUUGUUAAGGGCACCAGGAAACUGACUGUCAAAUCAUGUCAGCAGUUGUGAAACAGCUGCUUUUACUUUAAUCGUCUGAAGGUUUGAUACUGAGCAAUGAUAUGGCAGAAGUAGCAGUUUGAUUUAUAUAUAGGGUUGGAUACCGGUUCCUGGUAUCGGUACAAUACCGAAUAAUCACUUCGAAAAGUACCAGUAUAUACUGUUUCGUAAAAGAACCGGUUGAUAUUUUGGUAUUUCCAUAAAAGUAAAAACAAAAUUCUUACAAAAUCUGCAGCAAAAUAAAGCAGAAAUUUAAGCAAAUAUCGUAAUAACGGAAUCAACAUUGUUUACUGUAAUACCGCUCCGAGUAACCUCCCUUGAAUUAACACGGAGAGCUAACCAUGUUUAGUUAUAGUUUUGUAUGCUAAAUAUUACCUGAAAUACUUCUUUUCCCGUCGUUUUAAACAACAUAAACCAAUACUUAAUUUCAAAAUAUACGAGACUAUUUUUCUUUGUAGUAUUCUUUAAAUACCAAUGAAAAAAAAAAUGAUGUAAAUAAAAAGUUACGAGACUAAGCUGUAACCUAGGUAAACAAACAAUCGGUUUUUUGCAAACCAUCAGAAAUAUGUUAUUGUUAGAAUGUUUGUUGUUUCAAGUGUUUUGAAGGUUAUUGUUCAAUUAAAAAUGUGUUGCAAAAGUGUUACACUUUAAAAACGUUACUAGUCAACCUGGUCGGAGAUUAUCAUGAGUGAAAAUGAGUCUGACUUGUUAGAGGGGUAAUUUGAAAGCUAGUAAGUGUUCAGUUUACCAGUUCUAGACAGUGCUGAGCUUUAAAAGCAUUACUACAGUGUGUGUAUUCAUAGAUUUAAAUUGCAUAGUGAACAAGGUAUCUACUCUAGAUUUUUAUUUUGGAAAACUAGUCUGUAAGAUAUGUUUUACUUUUUACUCUUAAAUAAUCUAAUACAUCAACCCAUUAACAGACUUGAAAUGUUUAUUUAUCACAGCAAAUUUUCAUAUAUCUGCUUACAUAGGUGUAUAUAAUACUAACCAAAUCAUUGCUUAUGUAAUGUACUACAAAGCAUGGUAUGGGUAUCGGUAUCAUUAAAAAUACCGUAUCGUUUCGUUGAUAUCGGUAUCGCUUCCUCCUUAACGAUAUCCAACCCUAUUUAUAUAUGAACUUCUUUAAUUGUAUAAUGUUAGGAAGCACAGUUUUCUUUAACCUUUUAUGGACAGAAUGUCUGUCACAUGUGUUCCAUUGGAAAUAUGAAAAUCUUCUGUCUAAAAUCACAAAAGCGGCAAUAUUGAAUAGAUGAAAAUUGUUGAUUAAAGGCAGAUAAACGUC